AUGCCCCUCCAACUAAAAGAAUCCGACAUCCCCCCCCUCACCUCCAAAACCGCCCUGGUAACGGGCGCAACCUCGGGCAUUGGCCUGCAAACCGCCAUCCUCCUCGCGAGCCGGGGCGCAACCGUGCACAUCGCCUCACGUGACGCCGCAAAGGGUCAAGAGACCGUGAGGUCGCUGCGCGCACAGUACCCAUCGCACACGUACCGCCACCACCCCCUCGACCUCUCCAGCAUCGCCAGCGCCGCCAAGUCCGCGGCGCUCUUCGCCCGCGAGAACACGCGCCUGGACAUCCUGGUGGCGAACGCCGGCGUGGCCUUCCUCGCCGUGGACGAGCUAUCGGUGGACGGUCUGGACAGGGUGUUCGCCGUGAACCACGUCGGACACUUCGUCUUCGUGUCCGGCCUCCUACCCCUCCUCCGCCGGACGGCCGAGGAGAGCGGGGACGUGCGCGUCGUCGUGACGAGCUCCGACGCCUACAAGUUCGUCGACCGGGUCGAUCUGUCCGACGUUGCGCGUCUAAUUCCUGGCGACGGGAGGAGCGUGCGCCACAUGGCCGGCGCCGGGAGGAGGUAUGCGAGGAGUAAGCGGGCCAACAUACUCUUCGCCAUGGAGUUGGAUAGGCGCCUGCACGCUCCGGACCAGGCGGGGCGUGCCGGUGCUGUCGGUGUUAGGGUUAAUGUGUGCCACCCUGGGGUAAUUGGCGGAACGGGCUUGGGGGCUAGUGUACUUCCUUCCCUUCCUUCCUUCCUUCCUUCCUAUAUAUCUAUUGCAUCAUAUCAUACCUUCUUGUUAUAUAUAUAUAUAUAUAUAUACUUACGUGCCCUGAUGGGUGUUGGUUGAUAGGGCUUCGGCAUACCGGUCUGGACGUCAAGACUCAUACGUAGACUCAUCAGCGUCGUCAGCUUUACCUCGCGCGAGGGUGCCAUGACGCAGACGUUGCUAGCCGCUGCCGAGAGGAUCCGUGAGGAGGAUGUGCACGGGUGCUUCUUCAUCCCCAGGACUGGGUGGAAUAUGCGUUAUACGCACUCCGAACAGGUCGACUUGGGCGAGUGGGCACGGAGUGAGGAGGAUGCCAAGGCUUUGUGGGAGUGGACCGAGGGAUUGGUUGAUAAGGUACUUGGGAAGGGGAAUUGGGGGGGCGAGUGA